CUAUCUAUGAACAAUCUUGUGAGGCUUAUCGACACCAAGGGAAGACAUCAGGUUUCUUCUACAUCGAUUCUGAUGGAAGUGGACCUCUUGGACCACUCCGUGUUUUUUGCAAUAUAACAGAAGAUAAGAUCUGGACUACAGCGCAGCACAACAACACAGGGCUAACCAGAGUCCAAAGAGCUGAUAUGGAGAAGCCCUACACUAUGUUCUUUAAUUACAACAGCAGCGCGGAGCAGCUUGAAGCCAUGAUAAACAGUGCUGAGUACUGCGAACAGGAGGCAGCCUACCACUGCAAAAAGUCACGUCUCCUGAAUACCCCAAAUGGAAUGCCAUUUGCUUGGUGGGUUGGCCGUGCCAAUGAAAAGCAUCUUUACUGGGGAGGAUCUCUUCCAGGCAUUCAACAGUGUGCAUGUGGACUGGAAGAAAGUUGUCUGGAUAUGAGAUAUUUUUGCAACUGUGAUGCAGAUAGAGAAGAAUGGACAAAUGACACUGGCCUCCUUGCUUUCAAAGACCAUUUGCCUGUAACUCAGAUAGUGAUCACUGACACAAACAGAUCAAAUUCUGAAGCUGCUUGGAAAAUAGGCCCUUUGCGUUGCUAUGGAGACAGGCAGUUCUGGAAUGCCGCUUCUUUCAACACGGAGGCCUCCUACCUGCACUUCCCCACCUUCCAUGCCGAGGUCAGUGCAGACAUCUCCUUCUUCUUCAAAACUACUGCCACCUCUGGGGUGUUCUUGGAAAACCUUGGGAUUAAAGACUUCAUACGAGUUGAAAUAAGAUCUCCCAAAGAGAUCACCUUCUCCAUAGAUGUUGGGAAUGGCCCCAGAGAAGCCACUGUGCAGUCUCCCACACCCCUGAAUGACAACCAGUGGCACUAUGUCCGAGCAGAGAGGAACCUCAAGCAAACCUCUCUCCAGCUGGACAGCCUCCCCAAGAAGGUCCUGGAGGCACCUGCUGAGGGGCAUUUCCGCUUGCAGCUCAACAGUCAGUUAUUUGUAGGGGGAACAGCUUCCAGACAAAAGGGCUUUUUGGGAUGCAUUCGAUCUCUGCAUUUAAAUGGACAGAAACUUGACCUUGAAGAGAAAGCUAAAAUGACACCUGGUGUUAAACCUGGAUGUCCAGGACAUUGCAGCAGUUAUGGUAACCUGUGCAAUAAUGGAGGAAAAUGUGUAGAGAAGUAUAAUGGUUACUCCUGUGACUGUACUAACUCAGCCUAUGAAGGACCUUUCUGCAAGGACGAGGUUUCUGCGUUAUUUGAAGCUGGCACUUCCGUUACCUAUAUUUUCCAAGAACCUUAUCCUGUCACAAAAAAUGCAAGCACCUCAAGCUCUGCCAUUUAUGUGGAUGCUGUCAUGUCCAAGGAAAAUAUUGCAUUUAGCUUUCUCACAGCACAUACUCCAAGCCUUCUGCUGUACAUCAACACCUACUUUCAUGAAUAUUUGGCUGUGAUUCUCUCCAAAAAUG